ACAGAUGGAGCGAAACCACAACGAGGAGGUUAACCACACCUUUGACAGUCAACUUCUUUCUGUUGAGCCUCUUGACCGACUUUUAAGAUGCGACACACCGAAGGCGAGCUGGAUGAUGAGCUUUUUUCCUCCCGCUCUCUUUUUUUCUCAGUAGCCUAAAUAUUUGCCGACUUCUCUCCACCUCUUAUGCAUUUAAGAAAUAAGCAGACUCGAUUGUGGCUGAGUUGGUGGUUUUAAACGUUGCCGGGGAUUUUACGUCGCUCGUCAUGAUGGUUCGGCUCUCACGGAUCCAGCUGGCCCUGUUCUUCAUCUUACUCUGUCCGGUCAACAUCAUCGGACUCUGGUGGGCAGUGGGCAGUCCACUGGUCAUGGACCCCAACAGCAUUUGUAGGAAGGCAAAGCGUCUGGCAGGGAAACAGGCUGAGUUGUGCCAGACUCAGCCAGAAAUAGUGAGUGAGGUGGCCAAAGGUGCACGGUUGGGCGUGAGGGAGUGUCAGUACCAAUUCAGGUACCGUCGGUGGAACUGUACCAGCCAUAACAAAUACUUUGGCAAAAUCCUACAACAAGAUAUCCGAGAGACAGCAUUUGUGUACGCCAUCACUGCGGCCGGCGUGACGCAUGCUGUUACCCAGGCCUGCAGUAUGGGAGACCUCCUGCAGUGCGGUUGCGAGGCAACCAGGAAUAGAGCACCUCCAAGGCCGCCCUCAUCUUCCUCCCCUGGGGACGGUGUAAAGUGGGAGUGGGGCGGCUGUGGAGAUGACGUGGAGUUUGGGUAUGAAAAGUCAAAACAGUUUAUGGAUGCCAAGAGGAGACGGGGCAAGAGCGACAUCAGGACGCUUAUUGACCUACACAAUAAUGAAGCUGGGCGGCUGGCAGUGAAGCUCUACAUGCGGACAGAGUGCAAAUGCCAUGGACUGUCGGGCUCGUGCACCUUGCGUACGUGCUGGAAGAAGAUGCCCCAUUUUCGCGAGGUUGGCGACCACCUCCUGGAACGCUUCAAAGGUGCUUCUCAAGUGAUGGGUGGCAAUGAUGGAAAGACCCUGAUCCCUGUGGGCCAGAACAUAAAACCACCAGAUAAGCAGGACCUAAUCUACUCCGACGAGUCACCAGAUUUCUGUCUGGCAAAUCGGAAAACUGGCUCACUGGGGACACGAGGCCGCAUGUGCAACAGCACAGCCAUGGACAUCAGUGGCUGUGACUUGCUCUGCUGUGAGCGAGGCUACAGAGAGGAGACUGUGGUGUUUGAGGAGAACUGUCUGUGUCGUUUCCACUGGUGUUGUGUGGUCCAGUGCAAGAAAUGCUUGGUCCGAAAAGAGCUUAGUCUCUGCCACUGAACACAGCAUUGAGUGAGAGUCUUCAAAACUAUCCCUG